UUUGAAAACAGAUAGAAUUAAGUGGACCAAACCUUUACUCACCCAAGUCUCUUUCCAUGUUUAUAUAAAGCAGUCCAAACCCCCUCAAAUCCUCCAACAACUAGGACCCCAAAUCAAGCGUCUAGCUUCCCUUCUCUCAAAAUCCCAAAUGGCAAUUGCAUUUGCAAGCAUGAUAGUACUUCUGGUUUGGUGUAUGGUGGUGCCAAUUAGCGUGGCAACUGUUUACACUGUAGGAGACACCAGUGGAUGGGUACUGGGUGUUGAUUACAGUACAUGGACUAGUGACAAGACCUUCACAGUUGGUGACAAGCUUGUGUUCAACUAUGGAGGUGGGCAUACAGUGGAUGAAGUGAGUUCCAGUGACUACAGCAGCUGCACAUUAGGAAAUUCAAUUACAACAGACAGUAGUGGUGCCACCACCAUUACACUCAACAAGGCAGGAACUCAUUAUUUCAUAUGUGGUGCCAUGGGACAUUGUGGAAGUGGCAUGAAACUUGCUGUCACUGUUGGAUCUGGAUCUUCUUCCUCUGGCUCACCAUCAACUGGCACUUCACCGGCUGCUUCCGGCGGUAGUACUACUACCACCACACCCACCACCAGCACACCAAAAUCCAACAUACCUGAAUCUUCUUCAGAUAAUCUCUCCCCAUUUGUAGCUCUAGUGAUCACCUGGGUUUCAUUAGUUGUUUUGAAUUUUUCAUGAAUAUGGCAAGGGAAUUCUACCCUGGCCAGGAUAGAGGCAGUGCUCUGUUCUUUACUUUUAUUUCUGUUCUUGUUAUCAGUUUAGAAGGAGCGUUCACCAGUGUUGUGGUUGAGUAGGAUGUUUUUUUCUGUACGUUUGCAUAUGUUGCUUUGUGUAAUUUUUUUUAUUUCAA